UCCGGUUUAAGAUUUGACGAAUACUUCUAGCAGGCGUCGCUAGUGUUGAAAGCAAGUUCGGCACUACAGUUCGAGCUGUUCACUAGGUAGCCGACUAAUAAAGUGCUCCGAAUGGAUUGACACGGCAUACUUUACUUUCCAUCAGAUGCAGAGAGACUCGUCUUGUGCAAAAUGGAUGAUUUCUCAGCAUCGGAUACUGAGACUGACGAAUGUCAACAGCCUUUGUUGCACCAACAGGACAGCAACAAAGUUGAAAAAGCCCCAGCCUGGUGCUCCUCGCGCUACGGCCUGGCCCUGCUCUCCUGCUAUGGCUUCUUUGUGGCGUACGCCCUGCGCGUGAACCUGAGCGUGGCCAUGGUCGACAUGCUGAAGACAAACGAGACCGGGAAUGCCAGCUGCUCGCUGUGUCCCAGACAGGGGGCACUCCCGCUGAAACACAACCACACGGCCAGCACGUAUGACUGGGACAAGGACACCCAGGGCUGGAUCCUGGGCUCGUUCUUCUACGGCUACAUCCUGACCCAGAUUCCCGGCGGCUACCUGGCACGGAAGUACGGUGCCAAGUGGCUGUUCGGCCUGGGCAUCCUCGGCACGGCGCUCUUCACCUUGGUAACCCCGGUGGCGGCGGACCUGGGCGCCGGGUACCUCAUCGCUGUGAGGGUGCUGGAGGGCGUGGGGGAGGGCGUGACGUUUCCUGCGAUGCACGCGAUGUGGGCGACUUGGGCCCCGCCCAUGGAACGAAGUCGGCUUCUGACCAUGUCCUACGCAGGUGCCCAGCUGGGGACUGUUUUUGCCCUUCCUCUGUCUGGUGUGAUCUGCUUUUAUCUGGACUGGACGUAUGUGUUCUACAUUUUCGGAGUAGUGGGGCUGGUGUGGUUCGUCCUGUGGACCUUUCUGGUCAGCAGCACGCCGGAAACGCACAAGAGGAUAUCGGAAGCGGAGAAACAGUACAUCACGUCGUCUCUGAAGAGCGAGCUCUCCCCCACCACCAGCCACAUUCCCUGGGCAUCCAUCUUCUCCUCCUCGGCAGUCUGGGCCAUCGUGGUGGCCCACUUCUCCUACAACUGGACCUUCUACACCCUGCUGACGCUGCUCCCCACCUACAUGAACAAGAUCCUGGGCUUCAGCAUCAAAGAGAACGGGAUGUUGUCUGCGCUGCCCUACCUGGGCUGCUGGCUGUUUGCGCUGCUCGGUGGUCAGCUGGCCGACUGGCUGAGGGAAAGGUGGUUCAUCCCCACGGUGACCGUGCGCAAGGCCUUCAGCAUAGCAGGCAUGGUGGGGCCGGCCUUGUUCCUGGUUGCCGCGGGUUACACAGGCUGCGAUUACGUCAUGGCGGUGGCCUUCCUGACCGUGUCCUCCGCCCUGGGAGGCCUCAGCUCCUCCGGGUUCGGCAUCGGCCACCUGGACAUCGCGCCCUCGUACGCAGGGAUUUUACUUGGGAUUUCUAACACUUUUGCAACUGUACCGGGCAUGGUAGGACCUGUCAUAGGCAGUGCCCUGACGCACUCUAACACUAUAGAGGAGUGGAGAGUCGUGUUCUACAUCUCUGCCGGGAUCAACGUGUUCGGCGCCACCGUCUUCACCGUGUUCGGGAAGGGCACGGUGCAGUCCUGGGCCGUGUCCAACGCCUACCUGGAUGGUCCCUGAAGAGGCGGGACCGCGGCUCUAGGAUGACUGGCUCCUGGCACUUUUAAUCGCAGAUAAAUAGCCAGCCUGGACGGGCUGGUCCACACUGGUAUGAGCCGGUUCGUCCUGUGAACGGUUGAACACUAAUGAUGGGACAUUGCCUUUUCAGAAAACCUAACUUUUGUUUUGUGUAUCUUACCAUACGGGUCAAGGGUGAGGGUUGAUACUCUGCCUCUUUUUGCUGAUCAGCUGCCCCUGAAAACCCUCUCAAGCUGGUAUUGUUUUAUAAAUUUCAGCAAUACUCAUGCCAGAACAUAGUCAAUGCAUUUUGCCUUAACUCUAUGGUUUACGGGUUAUAGUCUGUGUCAAGCUUCUUAUUUCUUUUUUUUGUUGUUGUUAUUGUUGUUUUUGUUGUUCUGUUUUGUUUGAAAAAGAAGGGAUUUUCAUCUCCUUGUUACUUGUAAUCAUGUUAAAAUGGAAAGGUUUACAUGGCUUUGUUUACUAUUAGUGUAUGAAGUGCAGUCAGCCAAUUGAAGCUGCUUUUACGUGAAGAUUUGUUUGUUUUUAAAUCUUGUUUUUACAUUUCUAUCUUGCCACCUUUUUUUUUCCACCUCUCCUUCCUAUUUGUCUUAUGAAUUUGCCCAUCCAAACACUCUUUCCUCUUGGACGUUCAGAGGGCAUAUCAUUGCACAGGGAACCAGUUCUCUCGCUGGAUAAGCCACCUAACAGCCCUUGUAUUUUUACUAUUUCUCUUUUAAUAAUGAUCCUUUUAUGUAACCUCCUUCAGACAUUCCUUCUAAUGGUGGCUCUGCAGACAGGCAGAAUAUCUCUUGCAAGGUGUUCAAUAAAGGGAGCUUUUUAUCUCUGGCAAA